AUGGCCUCGCCACGACCGACGAGCCCCUUCAACGACGGCCACACGCCUGUCCAGUCCGGCAUCUCGCUCGCCGUCCCCCAGAUCCCUCCCCACAACGCACCCUCAUCCUCGACUCCUCCCGCCGCUGGUUCGCCGCUCGCAGGUUCACCGAGACGCUCUCCGAGUCCCUUGCUCGCCGCCGCAUCGAGCGCCCUCCAGCAGACGCGGACCGAUUCGCCCCUCCCGCCGAAUGCCGUCCAGCCUGUCGCACCCUCCCCCGUCCCGCUCACAGAAGCCCAGAAGGCCGAAGUCAUCCGUCGACACCUCCUUACGGCCGAAGAACAGCAGCGACUCGCAGCAGACCAGGCUCUCACGUCGUCUUCGCCGCGCUCGUCAUCCGCUUUCCCGCAGCCGACGGCGGAAGAUGACCCCGAAUUCCCGACGCCGUAUCACUUGCAGGGCGGAGACGUCGUUGCAGGAGUGUACAAGUGGGCGCAGCAGGCGGUUGAAGAGGCGGGAGGAAGCGCUUCAGGCGGAGGAGGCUCGUCCGGCGCAACGCCUGUACCCGGUCUGGGUGUCGGCAAGGCGCCCUCCGUCCGUCGCAGCAGGUCGAUGGCGUCGAUCGUCGAAGGCGUCGCAUCGCGUAGGACGUCGCUCGCCGUCGGUGCGGGAGGAGGCGACGCAGGUCGAGCUGCGGCGAGGGCAGGAAUCGGCGCGGACGAGGUUCUCGCGUCCGACGUCGAAGACGAAGGCGGGCUGUUGAGCACAGCAGAAAUGCUCCAGCCUGGCGGGUUCAGGCGCGACUUUGUCUUCCGCAAGAUGGCCGCGCAAGACCAGCAGCCCACAUCGUCGCCCUCUGCCUCCGCAUACGCCUCAGCAGCGAUCGGCGCGAACCCCUCGUCUACGUCGCUCGCCUCCCUCGGCUCGCAGGGUGCGAACGGCAAUGCGAGCGGAAUCUCGCUCGGCGCUGCGUCGCCUUUGCCUGCGACUCGUGCCCGCCCUACACGCUCAUUCAUCGACUUCCUCAGCCUUUACGGACACUUUGGAGGAGAAGACUUGGAGGAGAUAGAAGAAGAAGAGGAAGAAGAGGAGGAAGACGAAGAAGCCGCGCUCGAGUCUGCAGGCGGACAGCGCGGACUAACCCCUCGCGGACCGCACGAGCGAACGCCGCUUAUUCGUGCGCGAAGCAGUAUGCGGGGAGACUCGAGGAAGAGGGUUGCGGCGGCUGCGGGAGAUGCGGAGAAGGUCGGAGACGCGACGGUUACGCAGGCGGUGUUGAUGCUCCUCAAGAGCUUCGUCGGGACGGGUGUGCUCUUCCUCGGCAAGGCCUUCUUCAACGGCGGCAUCCUCUUCUCGACCAUCACCCUCUGCUUCGUCGCUAUGAUCUCGCUCUACUCGUUUCUCCUCCUCGUACAGACGAGGCAGGCCGUGCCCGGUUCCUUCGGAGACAUCGGCGGCGCGCUCUACGGACGCUGGAUGCGCUGGGCUAUCUUGUUCGCAAUUGUGCUAUCCCAGAUCGGAUUCGUCGCCGCCUACACCAUCUUUGUCGCCCAGAACCUGCAAGCGUUCUUCCUCGCCGUCUCGAACUGCAAGACCUACAUCUCGACGCCGCUCCUGAUCCUCGCGCAACUCGUCGUCUUCCUCCCACUCGCCAUGAUCCGCAACAUCCAGAAGCUGUCCAGCACCGCCCUCGUAGCCGACGCCUUCAUCCUCUUCGGCCUCGUGUACAUCUUUUCGAACGAGGCGAAAGUCUUGGCGCAGCACGGGAUCGCGGAUGUCAAGUUGUUCAACCCGAGGGACUUUCCCCUCCUCAUCGGGACCGCCGUCUUCGCCUUCGAAGGGAUCGGCCUCGUCCUCCCCGUCCGCGAAUCCAUGCGCGACCCGUCCCGCUUCCCGGCCGUCUUGUCGGGUGUCAUGGUCGGCACGAUGGUGCUCUUUGCGAGUGGAGGCGUGCUCGCUUAUUUGGCGUACGGGAGUAAGAUACAGACGGUCGUCUUCGUCAACCUCCCCUCGGACGACAAGUUUGUCCAAACCUCUCAAUUCCUCUACUCUCUCGCGAUUCUCCUCUCCACACCACUCCAACUCUUCCCCGCUGUCCGCAUCAUGGAGAACGGGCUCUUCCCGCCUCAGCGAAGCGGGAAGAGAAGCCUCAAAGUCAAGUGGGAGAAGAAUGGGUUCCGCGCGGCGGUCGUGGUUGGGUGUGCGGGGAUCAGUUGGGCGGGAGCGAGCGAUUUGGAUAAGUUUGUGAGCUUGAUUGGGAGCUUGGCUUGCGUCCCGCUGGGCUUCAUCUUCCCGGCCUUCUUGCACUACAAAGCCUGCGCCCGCACGCGCCGACAAAAAGCCGCCGACCUCGCCCUCCUCGUCUUUGGAGUCGUCGCAGCCGUGUUCUCUACGUCUCAAACCAUCAACUUGUUGUUGCAGGCGGGCGAGAGUGGGCCUCCGACGAUGGGCCGCUGUCCUCCUCGGGCGUAG